AUGUUAAUUCUCAAACAUUUCUAUUUAAUAUUUUGGUUCUUUACUUCAAUCUUAGCUUUAGAUGUUACACUGAAUAAAGUUGAUAGAGGAUUAGUUGAUUUGAAUGUCGGAGAUAUAACAAUUCAUUCAGGUGCUUACUGGUCAAUCAUAAAUACUGCAAUUACAGCUUUCGUUUCAAGCAUAAAUGUUCAGCCUAAUGCAGGAUUAUAUGUUUCAAGUAUUUCUCCAUUAUUGGCAUUACAAGUUACUUUAGCUGGUGUAUUAAAUUCAAUCAAUAAUGACGGAAUAAUAUCUUUUAAUUCAUUAGCAUCAUUAACAUCAUCAACUUAUACUUUGGUUGGGUUAUCAUUUACAAAUAACGGAGAAAUGUAUUUUGCAUCAUCAGGUGUAGUACCAAGUGCAAUUACCAUCACUUCAGCAAAUUGGAAUAACAAUGGUUUAAUAGUCUUUUAUCAAAAUCAAAGAUCAUCAGGACUUGUAAAUUUAGGUGCACCACUUGGUACAAUCAACAAUAAUGGACAAAUAUGUUUUCGUAAUCAAGUUUAUCAACAAUUAACAGCUAUUGCAGGUACUGGUUGCAUAACCGCUGAUGUAAAUUCCUCGAUUUACAUUUCUAAUGGUUUAUUACCUGUCUCAACUGGACAAACUUUCUACUUAGCUGAUGGUCAAUCUUCCAUAGUUGCUCAGGCUAUAUCACUUCCUCAGACUUUUAAUGUUCGUAAUUUUGGUCAAGUUAAUGGAGUUGCAAAUAAAAUUGGUUUAUCAAUUCCAUUAUUUUCUAUUCCAUUUGUUAGUAAUGCUUAUGACUAUAGUUCAAGUACUGGGAUCUUAACAUUGAGAGGUGCAGGUUUAUUAUCACAAAAUUUUAAUAUUGGUUUAGGAUAUGAUAGUUCAAAAUUUGAAAUUGUAACAGAUGAUGGAGCAGGUUUACCAUCAACUUUAUUUGGGUCAGUUAGAUAUAAUGGACCACCACCAAACCCUGGUCAACCAGCACAAUGCAGAGCUUGUAAAGUACCACCACCAAUUCCCGGUUCUGGACCAACUGAAUAUACAACUACAAUAACUACAACCAACUCAAAUGGUCAACCUUGGACUCAAACUGGUGUUGUUGAUAUAAGUACUAAUAGUCAAGGUUCAUUUGUCAGUACAACAAGUUUAUACUCAACUCCAACUUCAUAUACUACAACCUGGACAACAACUUCAAGCGGUACUACUAAAACUCAAUCUGGAAUUGUUUCUCAAUCAGGAACUUCAAAAACUACGUAUACAACUUUUCCACCACCAGUUAUAACCUCAUUUACUAGUACUUGGACCACUACAGACGCAAGUGGAGCAACAAAGACUCAAUCUGGGAUUGUAAGCCAAUCAGGAAGCUCAUUUACAACAGUAACAACUUUUCCACCACCAGUUACAACAUCAUUUACUAGUACUUGGACAACAAUUUCAGGAGGUACUACUAAAACUCAAUCUGGGAUUGUGAGCCAAUCAGGAAGUUCAUUUACAACAGUAACAACAUUUCCACCGCCAAUUACAACCUCAUUUAUUAGUACUUGGACCACUACAGACACAAGUGGAGCAACAAAGACUCAAUCUGGGAUUGUGAGCCAAUCAGGAAGUUCAUUUACUACUGUAACAACAUUUCCACCACCAAUUACAACAUCAUUUACUAGUACUUGGACCACUACAGACGCAAGUGGAGCAACAAAGACUCAAUCUGGGAUUGUGAGCCAAUCAGGAAGUUCAUUUACUACUGUAACAACAUUUCCACCACCAAUUACAACAUCAUUUACUAGUACUUGGACCACUACAGACGCAAGUGGAGCAACAAAGACUCAAUCUGGGAUUGUGAGCCAAUCGGGAAGUUCAUUUACAACUGUAACAACAUUUCCACCACCAAUUACAACAUCAUUUACUAGUACUUGGACCACUACAGACGCAAGUGGAGCAACAAAGACUCAAUCUGGGAUUGUGAGCCAAUCAGGAAGCUCAUUUACAACAGUAACAACUUUUCCACCGCCAAUUACAACCUCAUUUACUAGUACUUGGACCACUACAGACGCAAGUGGAGCAACAAAGACUCAAUCUGGGAUUGUGAGCCAAUCAGGAAGUUCAUUUACAACAGUAACAACUUUUCCACCACCAGUUACAACCUCAUUUACUAGUACUUGGACCACUACAGACGCAAGCGGAGCAACAAAAACAAACUCUGGUAUAGUUUCACAAUCAGGAAGCUCAUUUACAACCGUAACAACAUUUCCACCACCAGUUACAACCUCAUUUAUUAGUAGUUGGACCACUACAGACGCAAGUGGAGUAACCAGAACAAAUUCAGGUAUAGUUUCACAAUCAGGAAGUUCAUUUACAACUGUAACAACAUUUCCACCACCAGUUACAACCUCAUUUAUUAGUACUUGGACCACUACCGACACAAGUGGAGCAACAAAGACUCAAUCUGGGAUUGUGAGCCAAUCGGGAAGUUCAUUUACAACUGUAACGACAUUUCCACCACCAAUUACAACCUCAUUUACUAGUACUUGGACCACUACAGACGCAAGUGGAGCAACAAAAACAAACUCUGGUAUAGUUUCACAAUCAGGAAGCUCAUUUACAACCGUAACAACAUUUCCACCACCAGUUACAACUUCAUUUACUAGUACUUGGACAACAAUUUCAGGAGGUAUUACUAAAACUCAAUCUGGGAUUGUGAGCCAAUCAGGAAGUUCAUUUACAACUGUAACAACUUUUCCACCACCAGUUACAACAUCAUUUACCAGUACUUGGACCACUACAGACACAAGUGGAGUAACCAGAACAAAUUCAGGUAUAGUUUCACAAUCAGGAAGUUCAUUCACGACUGUAACAACAUUUCCACCACCAGUUACAACAUCAUUUACUAGUACUUGGACCACUACAGACGCAAGUGGAGUAACCAGAACAAAUUCAGGUGUAGUUUCACAAUCAGGAAAUUCAUUAACUACUGUAACAACUUUCCCACCACCAUUCAGAACUGAGUAUACUACAACUUGGACAAGUACGAAAUCAGAUGGUUCAAUUGAAACUGAUUCAGGAAUAGUAAGUCAAUCAGGAAGUUCAUUAACUACUAUAACAACUUUUCCACCACCAUUCAGAACUGAAUAUACUACAACUUGGACUACAACAAAAUCAGAUGGUUCAAUUGAAACCGAUUCAGGAAUAGUUAGUCAAUCAGACAGUUCAUUAACUACUAUAACAACUUUUCCACCACCAUUCAGAACUGAAUAUACUACAACUUGGACUACAACAAAAUCAGAUGGCUCAUUAGAAACAGAUUCAGGUAUCGUAAGUCAAUCAGGAAGUUCAUUAACUACUAUAACAACUUUCCCACCACCAUUCAGAACUGAAUAUACUACAACUUGGACUACAACAAAAUCAGAUGGUUCAAUUGAAAUCGAUUCAGGAAUAGUUAGUCAAUCAGACAGUUCAUUAACUACUAUAACAACUUUUCCACCACCAUUCAGAACUGAAUAUACUACAACUUGGACUACAACAAAAUCAGAUGGUUCAAUUGAAACCGAUUCAGGAAUAGUUAGUCAAUCAGACAGUUCAUUAACUACUAUAACAACUUUUCCACCACCAUUCAGAACUGAAUAUACUACAACUUGGACUACAACAAAAUCAGAUGGUUCAAUUGAAACCGAUUCAGGAAUAGUUAGUCAAUCAGACAGUUCAUUAACUACUAUAACAACUUUUCCACCACCAUUCAGAACUGAAUAUACUACAACUUGGACUACAACAAAAUCAGAUGGUUCAAUUGAAACCGAUUCAGGAAUAGUUAGUCAAUCAGACAGUUCAUUAACUACUAUAACAACUUUUCCACCACCAUUCAGAACUGAAUAUACUACAACUUGGACUACAACAAAAUCAGAUGGUUCAAUUGAAACCGAUUCAGGAAUAGUUAGUCAAUCAGACAGUUCAUUAACUACUAUAACAACUUUUCCACCACCAUUCAGAACUGAAUAUACUACAACUUGGACUACAACAAAAUCAGAUGGUUCAAUUGAAACCGAUUCAGGAAUAGUUAGUCAAUCAGACAGUUCAUUAACUACUAUAACAACUUUUCCACCACCAUUCAGAACUGAAUAUACUACAACUUGGACUACAACAAAAUCAGAUGGUUCAAUUGAAACCGAUUCAGGAAUAGUUAGUCAAUCAGACAGUUCAUUAACUACUAUAACAACUUUUCCACCACCAUUCAGAACUGAAUAUACUACAACUUGGACUACAACAAAAUCAGAUGGUUCAAUUGAAACCGAUUCAGGUAUCGUAAGUCAAUCAGGAAGUUCAUUAACUACUAUAACAACUUUCCCACCACCAUUCAGAAUUGAAUAUAUUACAACUUGGACUGCCACAAAAUCUGAUGGCUCCUUAGAAACAGAUUCAGGUAUUGUUAGUCAAUCUGGAAGUUCCUUAACUACCAUCACAACUUUCCCACCAUUAUCAUCAUCAGUUGAAGCAAGUUCAUCGUCAGUUGAAGCAAGUUCAUCAUCAAUUGAAGCAAAUUCAUCAUCAAUUGAAGCAAUUUCAUCAGCAAUUGAACCAGUGUUUACCACAGAAUAUACUACAACUUGGACUGCCACAAAAUCUGAUGGCUCAUUAGAAACAGAUUCAGGUAUUGUUAGUCAAUCUGGAAGUUCAUUAACUACCAUCACAACUUUUCCACCAUUAUCAUCAUCAGUUGAAGCAAGUUCAUCAUCAGUUGAAGCUAGUUCAUCAUCAGUUGAAGCAAGUUCAUCAUCAGUUGAAGCAAGUUCAUCAGCAAUUGAACCAGUGUUUACCACAGAAUAUACUACAACUUGGACUGCCACAAAAUCUGAUGGCUCAUUAGAAACAGAUUCAGGUAUUGUUAGUCAAUCUGGAAGUUCAUUAACUACCAUCACAACUUUUCCACCAUUAUCAUCAUCAGUUGAAGCAAGUUCAUCGUCAGUUGAAGCAAGUUCAUCAUCAAUUGAAGCAAAUUCAUCAUCAAUUGAAGCAAUUUCAUCAGCAAUUGAACCAGUGUUUACCACAGAAUAUACUUCAACUUGGACUGUCACAAAAUCUGAUGGCUCAUUAGAAACAGAUUCAGGUAUUGUUAGUCAAUCUGGAAGUUCCUUAACUACCAUUACAACUUUCCCACCAUUAUCAUCAUCAGUUGAAGCAAGUUCAUCAUCAAUUGAAGCAAAUUCAUCAUCAAUUGAAGCAAUUUCAUCAGCAAUUGAACCAGUGUUUACCACAGAAUAUACUACAACUUGGACUGCCACAAAAUCUGAUGGCUCAUUAGAAACAGAUUCAGGUAUUGUUAGUCAAUCUGGAAGUUCAUUAACUACCAUCACAACUUUCCCACCAUUAUCAUCAUCAGUUGAAGCAAGUUCAUCAUCAGUUGAAGCAAGUUCAUCAUCAAUUGAAGCAAUUUCAUCAUCAGUUGAAGCAAGUUCAUCAUCAGUUGAAGCAAUUUCAUCAUCAGUUGACGCAAAUUCAUCAUCAGUUGAAGCAAGUUCAUCAUCAGUUGAAGCAAGUUCAUCAUCAGUUGAAGCAAAUUCAUCAUCAAUUGAAGCAAGUUCAUCAUCAGUUGACGCAAAUUCAUCAUCAGUUGAAGCAAGUUCAUCAUCAGUUGAAGCAAAUUCAUCAUCAAUUGAAGCAAUUUCAUCAGCAAUUGAACCAGUGUUUACCACAGAAUAUACUACAACUUGGACUGCCACAAAAUCUGAUGGCUCAUUAGAAACAGAUUCAGGUAUUGUUAGUCAAUCUGGAAGUUCAUUAACUACCAUUACAACUUUCCCACCAUUAUCAUCAUCAGUUGAAGCAAGUUCAUCAUCAAUUGAAGCAAAUUCAUCAUCAAUUGAAGCAAUUUCAUCAGCAAUUGAACCAGUGUUUACCACAGAAUAUACUACAACUUGGACUGCCACAAAAUCUGAUGGCUCAUUAGAAACAGAUUCAGGUAUUGUUAGUCAAUCUGGAAGUUCCUUAACUACCAUCACAACUUUUCCACCAUUAUCAUCAUCGGUUGAAGCAAGUUCAUCAUCAGUUGAAGCAAUUUCAUCAUCGGUUGAAGCAAGUUCAUCAUCAGUUGAAGCAAUUUCAUCAUCAGUUGACGCAAAUUCAUCAUCAGUUGAAGCAAGUUCAUCAUCAGUUGAAGCAUGUUCAUCAUCAGUUGAAGCAAAUUCAUCAUCAAUUGAAGCAAUUUCAUCAGCAAUUGAACCAGUGUUUACCACAGAAUAUACUACAACUUGGACUGCCACAAAAUCUGAUGGCUCAUUAGAAACAGAUUCAGGUAUUGUUAGUCAAUCUGGAAGUUCAUUAACUACCAUUACAACUUUCCCACCAUUAUCAUCAUCAGUUGAAGCAAGUUCAUCAUCAGUUGAAGCAAGUUCAUCAUCAAUUGAAGCAAAUUCAUCAUCAAUUGAAGCAAAUUCAUCAGCAAUUGAACCAGUGUUUACCACAGAAUAUACUACAACUUGGACUGCCACAAAAUCUGAUGGCUCAUUAGAAACAGAUUCAGGUAUUGUUAGUCAAUCUGGAAGUUCAUUAACUACCAUCACAACUUUCCCACCAUUAUCAUCAUCAGUUGAAGCAAGUUCAUCGUCAGUUGAAGCAAGUUCAUCAUCAAUUGAAGCAAAUUCAUCAUCAAUUGAAGCAAUUUCAUCAGCAAUUGAACCAGUGUUUACCACAGAAUAUACUACAACUUGGACUGCCACAAAAUCUGAUGGCUCAUUAGAAACAGAUUCAGGUAUUGUUAGUCAAUCUGGAAGUUCCUUAACUACCAUUACAACUUUCCCACCAUUACCAUCAUCAGUUGAAGCAAGUUCAUCAUCAAUUGAAGCAAAUUCAUCAUCAAUUGAAGCAAAUUCAUCAGCAAUUGAACCAGUGUUUACCACAGAAUAUACUACAACUUGGACUGCCACAAAAUCUGAUGGCUCAUUAGAAACAGAUUCAGGUAUUGUUAGUCAAUCUGGAAGCUCAUUAACUACCAUUACAACUUUCCCACCAUUAUCAUCAUCAGUUGAAGCAAGUUCAUCAUCAGUUGAAGCAAGUUCAUCAUCAAUUGAAGCAAAUUCAUCAUCAAUUGAAGCAAAUUCAUCAGCAAUUAAACCAGUGUUUACCACAGAAUAUACUACAACUUGGACUGCCACAAAAUCUGAUGGCUCAUUAGAAACAGAUUCAGUUGAAGCAAGUUCAUCAUCGGUUGAAGCAAGUUCAUCAUCAAUUGAAGCAAUUUCAUCAUCAGUUGAAGCAAGUUCAUCAUCAGUUGAAGCAGUUUCAUCAUCAAUUGAAGCAGUUUCAUUAUCAAUUGACGCAACCUCAUCAUCAGUUGAAGCAAAUUCAUCAUCGAUUGAAGCAAUUUCAUCAGCAAUUGAACCAGUAUUUACCACAGAAUAUAUUACAACUUGGACUGCCACAAAAUCUGAUGGCUCAUUAGAAACAGAUUCAGGUAUUGUUAGUCAAUCUGGAAGUUCAUUAACUACUAUACCAACUUUCCCACCAUUAUCCUCAUCAGUCGAUGCAGUACCUGUGGCUACUACCUGGACAUUUACUAAAUCAGAUGGUUCAAUUGCAACAAAAACAGGAAUGAUCUCAAAAUCUGGUACCUCAUCAACUACGGUUGCCACAUUCCAACCAAACGUCUCUGGCCCAAUUAUAUGUAGAAGAGAUGAUACAGAUUGUGCUUCAUCGGUGCUUACAACUCAAUCAGUAGAAGUAUCAAGUGGAUUGACUUCCACAGCAGAGAUUUUGUCUACUAGUUUAUCAUCAAUCUCAAACUCAAUUUAUAUGUCAUCAUUACCUUCAUUACUUGCUUCAGCUGGCUCAUCAACGACUUUAUCGGAAGAAUUAACAAUAGUUUCUUCCACAGAGUCUUCUGCAAUCAAAUCUACAAUCUCAUCCUUCAUUGAUCAAACGGUUACAACUCAAUCCAUUACUACAUGGACAACCACUAAAUCAGAUGGAUCAACUGCAAGGGAAUCAGGAAUAGUUUCAAAAUCAGGUUCUUCGAUAACUACAAUUACCACAUUCCCAUCUUUAUCAUCAUCGGUCGAUGCAGAACCCGCAGCUACUACUUGGACUAUCAUCACCUUAGAUGGGUCAAUGACUACAGAAUCGACAAUUAUUUCAAAAUCUGGUCCUUCAAUCACUACAGAAAGUACAUUUAAUACAGCUUCAAUAAUACCAACCAAAUCGACUUAUGGUCCAUACUGGAAUUCUUCAUCAUCUACUGUUUUAUCGGUUACUUUGCUUUCUUCUAGUGUGGAAGGUGUUGAAUUAACUUAUAUUGACACGCCUGUUCCGGAAUCAACCAAAUUAAGCUUUAACACUGACAAUGAGAGUAAAUUAAGCAUUGAACAUGCAACAGGUGCCUGGUCUACAGAAAUUGUUGUUGCUACUACCACCGAGAUAGCCAGUCAUAGUUUUAAAACACAAACUUCGAGUCAAGAGUUUGGUUCAUCAGCCACUGCUACAAACAAUUUGAUUUCAACAGGAUCUAACGCACAGAAACCAACAUUAUCUGUAUACAGCUUUCAAAGUGAAAAUUCUGCUGUAGCAAGUGGUCAAAACGAAGGCCAAACUCAAGCUACUUAUUCAGAAAAUGGUCAAGUAAAUGGUCAGAGUCAAGCUACAUCCUCCGUAGCAGAUGCAAAAACUAAAGGUGUGACCCAAGUUACUUCUAUUUCAACUACCAACCAAAGUAAAGAGUCAUCGAUUGGUGUUCAAUCCGAAACUAUUGAGUCAAGUUUGAGAUCAGUAUAUUACACUUAUGGGCAAUCAAGUAGCAAGCCCAGUAGCGAAUCAAGUAGCUUAGCUGUUGUUACAACUUUAAGCCAACAAUCAUCAAGUACUCCUCAAUCAACAGCUCCAGUUGUUACUACAUAUGAAGGAUCGGGUUCAGUCUUGAAGAUAUCAUCCAUUUUAACUAUAUUUAUUACUGUCAUUUCAAUCAUGCUUUAG